AAUAAACAUUUUAAAAUUAUUGACGAAUAUGUUUGUAAAUCGAGAAUAGAUUGAAGAGAGGAGACAGCAAGGCUAGUGUCAAUUAUUGCAACAGUGAGAAAAAAAAAUGAGAGAAAGAUUUGGUGUUCUGAGAAAGAAGCUUGAUUAAGGAAUGAAGAGGAAUAGAAAUAGAGAAAUAAAAAGAGGUUGGUUGGAUGGAGCAAGUGUACAAGGUAAGUUUGAUUGUUCAUUCGGUGGAAGGGCAGGGAUGGAGCAAUUUAUGGACCCGGGUUUUCACUCCAAAAAGCGCCAUUUCCCUGCAGUGAGAGAUCCCAGUUCCUGACGUCGGACACUAGCACUAUAUUUGUAUCGCUACAUACUCUCCAACCAAUCUUUACAUCUCAAUCUCAAUUAAGUAUGAAAAUCAUCUCUUUGUUUGUUUCUCACGAAUUACUUGAUUUUUUGCUAGUCUUGGCAAUGAGUACCAGUCUCUGAAAUCAAUUUCCUUUGAUUUCAGCUUUCGCUAUUCUUGCCUGUUAUGUGUUUGUCAUAAGUUCUCAACUAGGAGACUAUAAAAAGCUACUUCAAAAUGCCGAUUCCUACCCUCAAAACCAUAUUAAAACACCAAAAUCAGUGUCGGGUCAUUGGUAGUCGAUUCAAAACAUCUUCUGUCCAGUAUGUAGCAUCAAGAUUUAGGGACCCUACGUUUGAGAAACUGAUGGACAAAUACAAAAACCUUCUCAAAGUCAUUGCAAUACAAGAUCUUAUCCUUGCAAAUCCCACCAAUAACCCUCCUUCCGUCUCCCUUGAUUUCCUUUCUAGGCUUUCUCAAAAGCUACAUUUAAACCGUGGUGCUGCUUCUUUUCUCCGUAAAUACCCUCAUAUUUUCCACAUUUUCUAUGAUCCCAAUAAGUUCCAGACUUUCUGUAGAUUGACUGAUGCUGCUAUGCGUGUUUCCCGACAAGAGGCAGAAGCUAUCAAUGCUUCUUUGGAUGUUGUUGUUGACCGUUUAGUUAGGCUUUUGUCAAUGUCGACAACUAAAUCGUUGCCUCUCCGCGCUGUUUUCAAAGUUUGGAGGGAACUUGGGUUGCCUGAUGAUUUUGAGGACUCAAUCAUAUCUCGUAAUUCUCACAUAUUCAAGCUUGUUGAUGCUCAUGAACCUAAUACUCAUAUUUUGAUGCUGACUGAUGAAAUGCGUGAUAAGAGGUUUGUAGCUUGUGUUGAGAAUUGGCGAGUUAUGGAGUGCUGUAGGGAAAACAGCGCCGUUGAUAGAACCGAAAUUCGGUUUAGUUUUAAACAUAGCUAUCCACCAGGGAUGAGGUUGGUCAGGGAUUUCAAGGCAAAGGUUAAGGAAUGGCAAAGGUUGCCAUAUGUGGGGCCUUAUGAGGAGAUGGGAGAAAAGAAGAGGUCUAAGGCAGGAAUAAUGGGAUUAGAAAAACGGGCAGUGGCGAUAGUACAUGAGUUCUUGAGCUUGACAGUGGAGCGGAUGGUGGAGGUGGAGAAGAUUAGCCAUUUUAGGAAAUCAUUGGCCAUUGAUUUGAACAUAAGGGAUUUGUUCCUGGACCACCCGGGGAUGUUUUAUUUGUCAACCAAGGGAAAAAGACACACUGUUUUUCUUAGAGAAGGAUAUGAAAGGGGGUGUUUGAUUGACCCAAAUCCAGUCUAUAAUGCAAGGAGAAAACUUCUAGAUCUAGUUGUGCUGGGACGCCAUGCCAUGUUAAUCAACAAUGAAUCAAGGUCAGUGGAAAAUUGUCAGACUCAGAAACCUUGUUUACAAGAUGAGGGUAGGGAUGAAAGUAUUUAGUUCUUCAUUUUUAAAUCCCUGUUUUCUUAUUCUUCCUCAUGCACUUCGGCUCUAACAUGUUUGUGAACUUUGGGCUUUGUCUGGUAACUUUGAGCGUGUCCUAUAUUUUUUUGACUUUAAUCACCUAAUAUCAUAUCUGUUCUUUUUCUA